CUUGAAAUGAUUCAGAUCCUAGGUACCUUUCACGCGCACCAAAAACAGGAAGCAAAGAUAAGCUCCAAGCCCGUAAGUAAAGUGAGGGGUCGACUUCACAAAGUCAUAAAAUAAACAUUCCCAAGAAAACAAGCAUUAAACCUCAUCCCAAUCCACCCAGAUUCGGGACUACAUACACCCCCACAAUUCUAGUGAGAGAGUAUUCCAUAGAGAGAGAGAGAGAGAGAGAGAGAGAUGGGGGCCUCGGAUGUGGUGGUGGGUAACUUGAUGACGGUGUACCUGGUGGUGAUCGCGGCGGUGAAGGCCCACGGGUUGGUGUGCGGGCAGGGGAUCAGUGGAGUUUUUAUGCUGGUUGUUUCGACGGCUGUGGUGGGUGUAAUCUUGGUCGGGAGCAUAAUUUGGGAUUUGUGUCGGAAAGCCGGCAAGGCGCUGGUGGUGGCGCGUGAUGAUGAUCACGGGAGUAGCGAAAUCUGUCGAGGGGGUAUUUGUUGGCACGGCGUGGCGGUCCGGUCCCCGGCGUCUCAGGUCCGGUUCAGGCUUCCUCAGCAACAUCGUAACUGAAACUGUAUCUUGCAGUUUUGUUUCUUUCUCGGCUAAAUCUCAAAAUUCUGAAGUUAACGAUCGAGCAAACUUCUAGUGUUUUUUCGUGUCUUUCUUGUUUCUCGGCUUUUACCACACAUAUACGUAUAAAGAUGUUCAAGAUCACUCUUUUGUAUACUGUUUUGUGAAAACAUAUUGAGUAAAUAGAGAGUUUGUGUGUGCAAUUUUGACA